CAUGAAGCUCACCGUCAAGUCGCUCGGCGGCUCCAACUUCACGCUCGAUGCCGAGCCCAGCGACACGAUUGCCGCCGUCAAGGCCAAGAUCGAGGCCAGCCAGGGCCAUGCCGUGGCGCAGCAGAAGCUCAUCUACUCGGGCAAGAUCCUCACCGACGCCCAGACCGUCGAGGAGUGCAAGAUCAAGGAGAAGGACUUCCUCGUCGUCAUGGUCUCCAAGCCAAAGGUGCCGAAGCCUGCCGCCGCCGCCGCUGCUGCCGCUCCUGCAGCUGCCGCAGCCCCCGCUGCUGCGCCUGCUGCCUCUGCAUCAGCUAGCGGCGACAGUGCCAUGAGCGACGCGUCUGCCCCGGCGGCCUCGGCUGCGCCCGCAGCGGCACCAGCUGCUGCCGCGGCACCGUCCACAGAGGCAGCCUCCGGCGCUGCAGCUCCGGCCAGUGGCCCGGGCUCAAGCUUCCUGACGGGUCCGGCACUCGAGGGCGCCAUCGCCAACAUGGUCGAGAUGGGCUUUGAGCGCGAGCAGGUGCAGAAGGCGCUGCGUGCCAGCUUCAACAACCCAGACCGUGCCGUCGAGUACCUGAUGACGGGCAUCCCCGAGCACCUCCUGCAGCAGCAGCAGGCGCCGCCGCCGGCCGCCGCACCAGGCGGUGGCUCCGCAGCGGCCGCCGCCCCGACCGGCGCCUCCGCUCCGUCUGCCGCACCAGCAGCUGCACCUGCCGCCGCGCCCGCACCAGCGGCCGCGCGCGGCAACCUGUUUGAGGCAGCGGCAGCGCAGGCUGCGGGCGGAGGUGGGCGUGGUGCCGCCGGCGGCGCCGGCGGGCUCUCUGGCGCAGACGACGGCGAGGGCGGGCAGGUCAUCGACCUGGGCAACCCGGCCAUGCUGGCUCAGCUGCGCCAGCUGGUGCAGGAGAACCCGGCGGCCCUGCAGCCGCUCAUCCAGGCCAUUGCGCAGAGCAACCCGCAGCUGGCCGAGGCGAUGGCUAACGACCCGGAGGCGGUCCUCAACAUCCUGGCCCAGGGCGGCGCGGGCGGCGAGGAGGACGACCAGGUCGGCAUGGACGAGCUCUCGGAGGAGGACCAGGCCAAGGUGCAGCAGAUCACCGCCAUGGGCAUCCCAGAAGACCGUGCCAUCGAGGUCUUCCUCAUGUGCGACCGGAAUGUCGAGCUGGCAAUCCAGUACUACUACGAGAACCAGGCCGACUUUGAGAACUAG